UGCAGCGCGCCGCGCCGGGCGGCCGCUCCCUCCAUCCCUCCCUCCCUCCCUCCGCGGCUGGCAGUGCUCGCUAAGAUGGCGGACUUCCUGCCGUCGCGCUCCGUGCUCUCGGGCUGCUUCCCGGGCUGCCUGCUCACGAGCGGCGAGGCCGAGCAGCAGCGCAAGUCCAAGGAGAUCGACACGUGCCUCAACCGCGAGAAGACCUACGUGAAGCGCCUCGUCAAGAUCCUGCUGCUGGGCGCCGGCGAGAGUGGCAAGUCCACCUUCCUCAAGCAGAUGCGCAUCAUCCACGGGCAGGACUGGGACCGCGCGGCCCGCGAGGAGUUCCGCGCCACCAUCUACAGCAACGUGAUCAAGGGUGUAAGAGUCCUUGUUGAUGCCAGAGAGAAACUUCAUAUCCCUUGGGGAGAUCCCGCCAACCAGAGCAACGGAGAUACCAUGAUGGCUUUCGAUACACGGGCAGUGACGGUGGGGCACGGGACGGUGGAGACCACGGUUUUCCUGCAGUACCUUCCAGCCAUCAGAGCACUGUGGGCAGACAGCGGCAUCCAGCACGCGUACGACAGGCGCAGGGAGUUCCAGCUGGGGGAAUCUGUAAAAUACUUCUUGGACAACUUGGAUAAACUUGGAGAGCAAGAUUAUCUCCCAUCACAGCAAGACAUUCUGCUGGCACGAAAACCCACAAAAGGGAUUCACGAGUACGAUUUUGAAAUAAAAAAUGUUCCUUUCAAAAUGGUUGAUGUAGGUGGCCAGCGGUCAGAACGGAAGCGUUGGUUUGAGUGUUUCGACAGUGUCACAUCGAUCCUCUUCCUCGUUUCCUCGAGUGAGUUUGACCAAGUGCUCAUGGAGGAUCGGCAGACAAACCGCCUCACGGAGUCCCUGAACAUUUUUGAAACCAUAGUCAAUAACCGGGUCUUCAGCAAUGUCUCCAUCAUUCUCUUCUUAAAUAAGACGGACUUGCUCGAGGAAAAAGUACAAAAAGUGAGCAUCAAAGACUAUUUUCCAGAGUUCGAAGGGGAUCCCCACUGCUUAACAGAUGUCCAAAAAUUCCUAGUGGAUUGUUUUCGUACCAAACGCCGGGACCAGCAGCAGAAGCCCCUCUACCACCACUUCACCACUGCUAUUAACACAGAAAACAUCCGACUAGUUUUUCGUGAUGUCAAGGAUACCAUCCUUCAUGAUAACCUCAAGCAGCUUAUGCUACAGUGAUGUGCAAAAAGACAUUUUUAUUUGAGUAACUUUUGUGUGUUGUUUUUAACUAGAAGUUUACAACGGGAGUAGAGAAAUCCAGAUCCUGUCGGACUUCUUGAUACGUGGCUAAAAGCUGCUGCUGAACACAUUAUUGCCAAUUUCUGCAGAAAUCCAGGCUUAAUCUCUUCCAGUGUAGCUUCAAGUUGACUCAAGUUGUUAUUUUAUAGCAAACCUAUGUCUAAGUUACCUGUAAAGUGGUUAAAUUUGACCUUUUAA